UCCGCCUCCCCGUAGAAGCCGAAGAUGGUGAACUACAGGCUGGGCUGGUUCGCCGUGAGCCCGCAGCGCGUUAAAUCAAACCCGCCCUGCUGCGCCGCUCAGAAUCGAUGCCUGGGUCCCUUUUCCUCCACGACCGGAGACUUCUGUCACUCCUGUGACCGGUCGGGGGACAGUUCUUUCCCCCGAUUCAUCGUUUGUCAGCUGAGCAACAAAACCCUGGCGUUGUUUUGGUUUUCACAGGAGGGGACGGAGAGGUCUGACUCACCGGACCGAGAGCUAAGGGGUCUGGCAUUGAUCCUGGUCCCGUCCAGUCAUUUAUAGACUGAUCCAGAUGCAUCAGCCCUCCAGCUGUUCUCACGAACGAGCCUCCCGGUGCCAGGGACAAAUGAUUAGACGAUUAAUCUGUUCUCUGGUUCAAAGGAGCGGGUCUGCAGAGCCGAGUCUCUUCGGGGUUUGGACCGUGGGGCAGACAAAACCAGACGUGUGAAGACAUCGCCUUCUGUUGUUGUUUCCUACACUAAACCGUUACUUCUAUCAAUCAGCACUCGGUAGCUCCAUCCCGAGUUAUCUUCUGCCCCACACCUGAGGGAUCCGACAUCGAGCCCGAGCCUCCAGAUGGUCCCGUCCCCUUUAAUGGCCAAUCUGUUUCGGCUGUGUGGUCAGUGCCGGGGCCAGACGGCCCUAAGCUCCUUUUUCCAGGAGGCGAACAUCCCCAGUCACCACCACCAGAUGAUGUGUACUCCCAGAAACACUCCCGCCACGCCACCAAACUUCCCCGACGCCAUCACCAUGUUCUCCAAACUGCGGGCAUCCGAGUGCGGCUCCAGCGCCGGCAGCGGACCCUCCCAGGUGUCCAUGGCCUGCUCCCCCCCGGUGCCCUCCUCCACGUCAGGUUUCGGCUCCUUCUGGGCUUCCUCGCCGCCUAGCCACCAGCCGGCCUGGCUGCCCCCAUCGUCGCCCACCGGCCACCACAUGCACCACCACUACCACAUGCAACAGACUCCCAUGUGGCCCCCGGUCUCUCAGCCCAGCAGCUCCCAGCAGCCCCCCGUUGUAUCGGCACUCCACGGCCAGAGAUGAGACUGUGCGCUGGGCUGCGACGGGCGGGGAGGGAGGCCU